AUGGAGCACCUGCUUGCUGCUAUUGAGUGCUCCAGUGGCCACCCUCCAGCACCUGCUCCCCCCAAGUCCCUCCAGCACAAGCACCUGCCCUUCAGCUUUUCCUCCUACACCCUCCCCCACAUUGGUGAUGAUGAACAAGGUUAUGACCUGGACCUGUUCUGCAUACCUAAACAUUAUGCAAAUGAUUUGGAGAAAGUCUAUAUUCCUCAUGGGCUUAUUAUGGACAGGACAGAAAGAUUGGCACGAGAUAUUAUGCAGAGCAUGGGGGGACAUCAUAUUGUAGCCCUCUGUGUACUCAAGGGUGGCUAUAAGUUUUUUGCUGACUUACUCGACUAUAUCAAAGCACUGAACAGAAACAGUGACAAAUCUAUUCCUAUGACUGUGGACUUCAUCAGAUUGAAGAGCUAUUGUAACGAUCAGUCAACUGGAGAUAUAAAAGUAAUUGGUGGGGAUGACCUCUCAACCUUGAGUGGAAAGAACGUCUUGAUUGUAGAAGAUAUAAUUGAUACUGGUAAAACAAUGAAAACAUUGCUGUCUCUGGUUAAACAGUACAAUCCAAACAUGGUGAAAGUAGCCAGCUUGUUGGUAAAAAGAACUCCUCGAAGUGUGGGAUAUCGGCCUGACUUUGUUGGCUUCGAAAUACCAGACAAGUUUGUGGUGGGUUAUGCCCUUGAUUAUAAUGAAUACUUCCGAGAUUUGAAUCAUAUUUGUGUGAUUAGUGAGACUGGGAAACAGAAAUACAAAGCAUGAGAGCAUAGUUCAAGUGCUGUGACAACAGAACUUGGCAACAUUUUGUUUACUGAGUCCUGUCUUUUAACAGAUUCAAUUCUGGUGUACCAGCUAACUGUGUAGAAUGUCACGACCUCGUAUUCAUACGCUCGCUAUAGCUCUUUGCAUGUACAGCAUAAGAAACUUGUCUUGUUGAUUUAUAUUUUUGAAAUGUCAAAUAAUUAGGGCAGUUCUCACUUUCAUUUGCACUAUGAAUCUAUCAGCUAUCACUGUCCUUUGAUGGGUUGUGUUGUUUGUGAGUUGCACUCUUGAAACCUAAUCAACCCACAGCUGAAAUAAUUCAAAGUACUGUUGAUGUAAGCCAUUUUAAGAUAGGGAAAUCCAUUGACAAUAUUUUGAAAUAUGUAAAAUUUUGUUUUAAUUCACAAUUGUGAUUAUUGAUAACUGUACUCUUGGGUUGUUGGAAAGCAUGAGGAGCAGCAGCAGUUAUAGUAUCUUUAAUCUCCAAUGUGUUAACUACAGCUCCUGGAGUACCCUUAUUGCCAUUAAAGGAAAUCUGAGUGAAAAAUGUCAGUUUGGGCUGAAAGGAGAUGAAUGACAAAACUGAAUGUUUAAAAACUAGCUCUCAAUGAGCUGUCCCUUUAUUGUGCAUUAACUUUUUAAAAAUAUAUAUAUUUAUCAGCCAGUGGGAAUUGCCUUUUAAAUAUAAACUACUAUAAUAUAUUUUACAUUUGUGAAAAAAUAAUGAUAACGUUUAUAAAAUCCACGAAGCAAAGUACUUUAAAUAAAGGCUGUUUCUUUAAAAUAAAACCUAUGCAUCUACACCCUCAUUGUACACAUUAAAAUGCUCUUGAAAUGUGCUUUUUGCUAAUGAUGUUUGGGCUUCAGUUUUUCCAACAAUUGAAGCAGACUCCUGUCUUUGCUAGUUUCUCAAAGAUUUCAGGUAAUUCUAGUAUACCAUGUAUAGAAAAAAUAUAUCACUGGAAAAAUAUAUCACUAGAAAUACCUCCGUGUGCUAUACUGAAUUAGAUUAACAGAAUAUAGUGAUUAAAACUGUUGUUUAGUCUGCUUUCUCAAGGUAAAUAGUGAAGAUAAUUGUUUAUUAAACACAUACAUAUGGAAAUAUACAAA